GAGAGGAUCCUUUCAUUCCUAACGCAAUGGCAGCUAAGUUCUUCGUAGUGCUCUCAGCUUUGGUGGCAGUGGCCCACAGCUCAGUGGUGCACGCACCAUUAGCUAGAGCAGACGCUGACUACACCAGCUUCGCGUACGACGUGGCCGACCCCAGCACUGGGGACUUCAAGAGUCAGGUUGAAACUCGCGUGGGAGGUACCGUCUCCGGGCAGUACUCUCUCAUCGAACCUGACGGUACCAAGCGCACUGUGGACUACGCCGCCGAUGACGUGAACGGAUUCAACGCUGUUGUACGCAAGGACCCUGUUGUCGCUCCCGCCGUCGUUUCUACCGCACCCGCUGUGGUUUCUGCCGCUCCUGCUGUUGUUGCCGCUCGCACCGUUGCUGCUCCUGCCGUUGUGUCCGCCACCCCUGCCGUCGUUGCUGCCAAGACCUUGGUUGCUCCCACUGUCUACAGCGCAUCCCACCCUACCGUAUACGCUGGCGGAGUGCACAGCGUGGUCGUUCCUUCUUUGUAUGGUCGCACAUACGCCGCCCCCACGGUAGUUGCUACCCGCGCCUUCCAUCCUUCCUAUUACGGAUACGCCAGCUCUCCCUACGCUUACUCUGCCUACCCCGCCCACCUUUCAUACUGGUAAUUUAUCGAACCUUUUAUGGCAUCUAACGACUUGUAUGUAAAUAUUGUUACUAGUCUGUACAUACAAUGUGAAUUACAAUAAAUGAA